AUGGAGUCGUACAACGUCACUCAGGCCAUGGUAAACGACACACAUCUCAUCAUCCCCGACGCAGCGCACUACAUCAUUGUCAUUCUCUACGCCUCGGCCACUGGCUUGUCACUGAGUGGCAACUUGCUGGUCAUCUGGGUCUUGAGCAUGGGCUGCAGGACCAGAACAGAUAUCACCGUGUUUCUCAUCAACCUAGCCGUGGCUGACCUCACCAUGGCCAUCUUCUGCAUUCCCCUCACCUUCACGGAGGUCCUCCUUCAGAGGUGGCUCUUUGGAGAAUUGCUCUGCCCUCUGGUCCGGUUUGCACAAAUUCUCUCAGUGUCCGUCAGCAUCUACACGCUGAUGACCAUUGGUGUUGACCGUUACUAUGCUGUUUGCCACCCCCUGAAGUCGCACAUGAGUCGAUCCCGGAGCAAGGUGCUAAUCGUCGUGAUCUGGAUGGUGUCGUUCAGCAUUGCCUCCGUGCAGCUACUUGUGUCCAGGGCUAAGUACAUGAGCCUGGAUAGUGACUCGGAAAUGAUCUGCUUGGAGACGGGUUGGCCCAGCAAUACUUAUCGGAAGAUCUACACGCUCUUCCUGCUACUUUUUACUUACAUGCUACCCCUAUUCAUCCUCACCGUAACCUACUGGAAUGUGGGGAUGAGACUCUGGGGUCGGAGACCACCGGGAAACUUGGACAGAAACAGGGAAGCUCAACACGACAAGUCCAAACGGAAGGUUAUCAAGAUGCUGUUCAUCAUAGUGGCUGUUUUUGCUCUUUGCUGGCUCCCGUUUCACAUCUUCAGUGUAACGUACGAAUUCAACCCAGCUGUGUUGCCCAGCGACCCAGUGGACAUCACUGCCCUUUACUUCUUCUCCCACUACCUGGCCAUGUCCCAUAGCUUCUGGAACCCACUCAUUUAUGGAUUCUACAAUGAUAACUUCCGGGCUGACCUGCAAAGACUGUGCAUUCGUCUCAAUCCAUCCCGUUGUUGCCCCCACAUGCAUGGAGAUAACCUUUCAACCUACAGCGACACUGACAUCUUCAGAAAAGAGAACACUAUCAGCGUGCACAUGAGCUCAAUGGACAGUUGUAGAUCCCUGGUCUCCAGGAAGCAACCUGUCAUUACCACCUCCCGGACAGUCCAAAUUCACGGCAAGUAUCGCAACAAAAAACACUGUAUUCCUGUGUGGGAGAGUAAAGUUGAAGUUUGA